GUGCCUGUUGCCUUGCAACGCCGCUUUUCCCAGCAGUGCUGCCGCACGACUUUGUGACGCGUUGACUGUGUGCUCCCGCGGCCCAGCUGUAACCAUGAGUCGCCCCAGCCGGCUGCAGAGACAAGUUCUGAGCCUGUACCGCGAGCUACUGCGCGCCGGGCGCGGGAAGCCGGGCGCCGAGGCGCGGGUGCGGGCCGAAUUCCGGCAGCACGCCGGCCUGCCACGCUCCGACGUACUGCGCAUUGAGUACCUGUACCGCCGCGGGCGCCGCCAGCUCCAGCUGCUACGCUCCGGCCACGCCAAGGCCAUGGGCGCCUUCGUGCGUUUGGGGGACCCGACCGAGGCGACCCGUGACGCGGGAACCCCAGGGACUCCGCCUGACGCUGAUGACGGUCCAAGGAGACCGCUUGACAGCAUGGGGGCACCGGAGACCCCGUCCGAAGGACGGUGACUGGCAGAAGGGCUCGCCCGAUGGCCCAGGGGAACGAGGGGCCCGCCUGACUGCGUGGGGGGACCAGGGAACCCGCCUGAUGGAAGGUGAGCGGUCUUAAGAGACUAGAUCGACAGACUGGGGAUACUGGAGAGCCCUCUUGAUGAUGAAGGGUCCGAUGGCGAGAGAUGCCCGACCUUGCCCGUUGUAUGGUAACGGGUCAAACUUCCCCAUGAAGGCUUGGGGUGGCCUGGGUCGCCGGCUGGCUGGACUCUCAAGCUGAGAGCUACUUACCCUCAGGCCUGGGGAGCCGGGACGCCCGGCUGUUGGACAGAAAGAAACUGACAUGCCCCUCUCUUGACUCCUGAGAACAUACCUACUCCUGGUUCCUCAAGGAAACUCCCUUCCUCUGUAUUUAACUCUGAAAAGAACAGACUUUUUGCUGAGGAGUUUGAAAAGAUACCCUGAUGGAGGAUGAGAAGUCUGGAAUCCCCCUUAGAAAAACCUUUGCCCCAUUGUGACAAACUUGGACCGGUGAGGAAGGGGCUAGGGUUCUUUCACUUCAGCUAAUCAAUUAAAGACCUCCCCAAGACCUCUACAUGAUGGUUCUGAGGGGGAGCUCCAACUCCUGCCCACUUUCCUGCUCAGGAAUGUUGGACAAAGGGAAUAAAAUUGGGGAUUUGCUUACUUCCCUUUUGGUGGUCUUAAUGUGUUUGGGGGUUUUUGAAGUGUCCCUCCUCCAACAUACCAAGAAGUGACCCUCUGGGAGGGGAUGGGUGUGGGGAGCUGUCUCUUCCCCCUCUGGAGCCUCUAGAUUGGCAGAUUGGUUGGAUUAGCAUAGUUCUCCUGAGCAGACCCAUGGAGGGAACCCACCCUGACUUGACCCCAAAGAAGCCCCAGUUGACUCCUUAAUGGAGAGUAGUGAAGCAGGAGAGGAAAUGGUGGAGCGGAGGAGGCCUGGCUGGUAAUCCCUGAGGCAGUGGCGGGGCCCUCAAACCUGACUGAGUCCAGCCUCAGCUAUAGGCCGAGAUUUUUGUUAGCAACGCCCAGGGGUAGGGGAGGAGAGAGAGAGACCCAUGGGCCACAGGCAUACCUCCUCCCAUGUCCUCACAUGGACCUGCUCUAGACAUUCUCUGGGGUACUGCAUUUUGCAGCCCUCAGCUGUAUUUGCACCCAUGUCUGUUAAAUAAAUGGAAAGCAGUUGAAUUCUUAGCAAGAUGCAGUUGAGAGGAGGAGGAAGGCCUUAGGAAAGGAGCCCAGACCUCGGACCAGAGGGAGGAUGGACAGAUGAGAAACAAUCUCUGCCCCAAUCCCAGUGGGGGAGGAGGUACUCGAAUAGUUAUAAGGUGGAAUUGAAAUGUGAAGAAUUAUAAGGUGUUUGCCAGAAGGUAGGGAUAGACUUUUAAGCAGGAGGACCAGUGUGGGUAGAGGCCUGGAGAGGACAAAGGGGAGAAAUGCAGGGGCCCAGCUGGGACUUGGAGUGCCCCAGAGCACAGGCUGUGAGGUUUGUGCAUGUGGCUUCUACUUCAGCUUUGUCUCUGGUUGGUACUCAAACCUCCUCAGCCACGUUCAUCUCUCGCAGCCUGUUUUUCAGCAGGGUGAUGCAGUUACUCCUGGCCUGGCUCCAUUUCAGAGUAAAAACCAGAGUCUUGAAAGUGGGUAAUGGGGUUGAGUCCUACCCAUCUCGCCCCCGUUAUGUCUCCACCUUUAAUCUCCCUCUUCCUCACUUCUGUUCCCCCCCCCCAUCUUGCUCACUUCUGACUCCAGGAUCUUGAGCCCUAAUAAACUCCAGGAUGGGAGCUUCUGGCAGGGCUGCAAGCCUUGAUCGAGUUCCCACUGGGGCCGGGCAUCCCGGUCAGGAAGGGAGACAUUCACCUGGGUAUUACCAGUGAAUGGAGUUUGCCUGGUAAAGAGGAUGGGGGAGGAGAAUGCCCGAUUUGAGGGAGGAAAUUGUAGGUGAGUGAGCAGUGAUGAUAGACUCUGGAAAUGGAAUGCCUGGGUUUAAACCCCAGUUCCAACGCUUACUGAUUACAUGAUCAUAGGCAAGUGAUUUAACCUCUUUGUGCCUCAACACCCUUAUCUGCAAAAUGGGCGUGCUAAUGGUGCCUCCCUCAUGUGGCUGUUAUGAUGAAAUAGUGAAAUACAUGUGGCAGCAGAUGAUAAUGUCCCAACCCCAUAACUCUCCUGCCUAUUUGUGUUCACUUGUAGCUGCACAAGAGGGUUCUCUAGAGGCUGCCAGCUUCCUACUCUGAGCCCCUGCAAUCCUGCUCUUCUGCUUAAGGGCUUUCUUGAGUUAUGUGAAGUGGGUUAAUGCCCUCAGGAGCAAACAGAAGCUUGUGAGGGACAGCAGUCAUUGAAUGAAUUGAGUUAUUACAUUUCCUGAUUCCCUUAAUUGUACUCUAGUUGUGUAAGGGGAUGCCCUUGAUCUUAAGAACUAUAUGCUCAAGUAUAGUUACUCUCAAAUGGUUCCAAAAAUAUGUGCACAUACAUAUCAGUGAGACCAAGUGGUGAAGCCCAUGAGGUAAAAUGUUAACAAUUGAUGAAUGUGGGUAAAGGGUGUAUGGGGCUUUGUAGUACUAGUCUUAAAACUUUUCAUUAACUUGAAACAAAACUUAAAGUUACAAAAAACAAAAUAGACAAUGGUCAUAUCAAUGUGUCACUGGUCAUUUAUCUUUGAGCACCAGAGAUCUUCGUACAGAGGGCGCAUUUUUUCAAGAGAUUUGAGAAAAGGAAAGCCUGUAUUUUCUGAGACUUUAUUAACUCCUGUACAUAACUUCUUGACAGACUUAGCCAUCAAUUUCAAUUAAGUUUCUGAACUUGGAAAUAACAUCUGCUCUCCCUUACAGAUUCUGAUCUCCACUCUAUUGGGAAUGACAGGUCACUAGAAUAUGUCCUUGUCUUGGGUAACAAGCUCAGUGGUCCCAAAGGGGCCAAGCCAAUGACCAGGAGCACGAGGUGGCCCAGUGGGGCCUUGGGGAAUUCUGGGACACUCACAGUACCCCAUGAGGAGUCACCAGGCACACCCAUGAGUUCCCACCUCUCCUGCUCAGCUCCCUCCGACAGCGACAUCUGAGGGAUGAUGAUGUGGAGGAAUGACUGGAAUUGUCUUUACAGUGAUAGGAGUGUUGUGAUUGGGUUUUAAAACAGAAUCGAUCUUCUGGAGAUGCUCCAUGAAUUGUUGGUGAAAAAAAGGGUAUGAUAUCUAGAACUGGCUUCAAAGUAAUCUAGGAAGAGGGGAGUGGGCACCUGAGAGGUGCCCUGAGUUGCUAAUGAUCAGAGUCAGUGAUGAGUCCACAAGGACUUGUAAUGCUGUUCCUUCCCCUUUUGUACAAGUUCAAAAAUUCCCAGAAUGAAAGUUGAAAAAACAACAACCAAAAACCCUCCCGUGCCCAUCUCAUGCAGACUAGAAGUCCUCACUGUGGUCCACAGUCCACCUGAUCUGGCUCCAUUGCCUCUUUCACCUUACCUCUGUCCAGUCGCCCACUCCACCAUUCACGCUCCAGCCGCACUGGCCUUCCCAUGUGCCAGGCAAAAUCCUACCUCAGGGCCUUUGUACUUGCUGUUCCCUUUACCUGGAAUGUUCUUCCAGGUCUGCACUGUCCAGUACAGUAGCUGGGAGCUACCUGUGACUUGAGCAUUUUAAAUGUGAUUAUUGCAACCAGGGAAUUUUUUUUUAAUUUUUAUAAACUUUAAAUAAUUUAAACUUAAAAUUGAAGCAGUGUAAAAUAUUUUGUCAUUAAACACAGUUGUAUUGUCUUGGUAGCACUACAUUUCAUUUUAUCUGUUGCAAAUUAAGGUGUCCAAAUUGAGAUGUGCUAAAAAGUAUAAAACACACACCAAAUUUCAAAGAUGCAGGAAGAAAAAAA